GCGGUUGCAGACACCUUUAGUCAUGGCACCCAAGGCAGGAAGAUCCGUUGGAGCUCUAGCCAGCCAGAGCUACAGAAACCAUGUCUCAAAAAAACCCCAGGUAAGUGGAGAAAGAGCUGAUAGGAAAGUGUUGGAGUUUGGACAUAGAGUUCCCGAUCCUGGAGGCUGGCCUAGGGACUGGAGGCUGGGACCCCAAGAGGCCGUGGCCCGGGAGAAACUGAAGUUGGAAGAAGAGAAGAAAAAGAAACUGGAAAGAUUUAACAGCUCCAGACUGACUCUGGACAAUAUGAAAGACUUGGAAAACUUGCUUCAAAGACGAAGAGAAAAGCGACUGAGACACAAAGUCCCCCCCAGGGAACCUGAGCCUGUGGUUGAGCCGCAGCCCCAGGUCCCACUGGAGCCAGUGGACCUGGACACGUUCCUGAAGGCAGCUGCCGAGAACCAGGAAGCCCUGAUUGACAAGUACCUGACAGAUGGAGGGGACCCCAAUGCCCAUGACAAGCUCCACCGCACAGCCUUGCACUGGGCCUGUCUGAAGGGCCACAGACAGCUAGUGAACAAGCUGCUGGCGGCAGGGGCUGCUAUAGAGGCACGGGACUUGCUGGACAGGACGCCUGUAUUCUGGGCCUGCCGUGGAGGACACCUGGACAUUCUCAAGCUGCUGCUUAACCAGGGGGCUCGGGUCAAUGCACAGGACAAGAUCUGGAGCACCCCUCUUCAUGUAGCAGUGCGCACGGGCCACACUGACUGCCUGGAGCACCUCAUUGAGUGUGGCGCCCACAUCAAUGCACAGGAUAAGGAAGGGGACACAGCACUCCAUGAGGCUGUGCGCUAUGGGCACCACAAAGCUACGAAGCUGCUGCUGCUCUAUGGAGCCAAGUUGGGCAUGAAGAAUGUGGCCUCCCUGACACCAGUGCAGCUGGCACGAGACUGGCAGCGGGGUAUCCGGGAAGCACUACAGGCCCAUGUGGGGCACCCCCGUACCCGGUGCUGAUGACUUUGACCUGUGGGUCACUCCUAACUACCAUUCCACACCCACUUUCCCACCCACCUCUAAGUGGUUCUCUGCUCCAGUCCCUGAUUCCACUGGCUUUGCUUCUUUGCCUGAGGCAGCAGGUAGAACAGGCCCCCUGGGUAUCAGUGAGGGAGACUGUCACAGCUGGAGCAGAACCAUAAGCAAGAAGUGGAUCCAGACAAGGGCAAAAGCCAGAACAGGAAGUGAACAGACCGGCACUACCCACAGCUGGGUCUAGGCCUCUGUCUACCAAUCCUUAGAUCAGGAGACUGGCCUUGGCCUGUUCUGUAGAGAUUCUGUGGCCAGCAGCUGCAGGGUACAAGAGAAGAAACAGGCUACCUAAGUGCCAGGCAUUGGUGCAGCUCACGCUAUCCUUUAGGUGGAGUUUCUCCAGGGACUCCACUCCUAUCAGCAGCAACCCUGAGAGCAUGUGGAGUAGUUCUAGGCACCUCAUCUCCAGACUCUGGGGGUGGUUCUGGCAGGCUGAGGGGCAUGACAACAGGAUCGCAGCCCCUCGGAUGUCAGUACCUACCAGGUUGCCCCAGAAGCUGGAGACUGGUGGACUGGAACUAGUGUGUACUCUGGGAACGCUCCACCUAAAGGGCAGCUCUGCUUAUUUUAUGUGAGGGUAGGGUGCCAGGUGCUGGGGAUUGCUUGUGGCCCACUCAACUUUUGGGGCGGCGGCCCGCAGCCCUAGCUUACCUAAGGCUCUAUUGCCCCCUGGUACUGGGGAAGCACCUGAACUAAGCUCUGUGCCCUGCACACUGAGUCGAGCACCUUGCUGUAGGAUAGUCACAGACCCAUGCCACCUGGUAGUGUAAUGAGGACUUCACACAGGCACAUGCUCCUUCCCCUUCCAGCUGUUUCCAGUUCACUGGUGCACUUGUACUACUGGCAGGGCUGGCCCCUAAUAUGCCGGAAAGUUGACGCUGGGCCCUCCACUGAGGCCACAGGCUGAACAAAGGGCUAAAAGGUGAAGGCUUUGCCUCCCUCACACAGCUCUGAGCUGACGUUCAUUUUGGCAGCCUCUGCCCGUUACUAUGUGAAAGACUAGUGCUCCCUCCUAAAGGCACAAACCUUUCUGUGGGCAGGCCCUGCCCUGUUGUGACACAGUGGGCACCUAGACAACCUGUGCCACGGGCAAGACAGACAUUCAAGACUACUCAAUAUGACGACCCCUCAGAAAUGAGGACACUUACAUGACACACAAAGCUACCUUUUAUACAGGACACUGUUUUCUCAUUAAACUGACUAUCCACCGCAGCCGAGUUGUCUUAUGGGCACUGGGAGGAGGCAGUGCAUCGGGCUACAUGGAAACCAAACCAAAGGCCUUGUCACCCUCCACUACAGAGAUCAGCGCAACACUCAUGUCACCAAAUGCAAGGCAUGCCUUACACACAUCAGGGAGCGGGAGGAGAGGGUCCUGGCGCUGGCUCUCAUGUUCUGGACCCACAGUUUUUAAAAGUCCUGAUGUCGGCUGGGUAUGAUGGCACAUACCUUUAAUCUUGGCACUUAGGAGGCAAACCUAUCUCUGAGUCCAAGGCCAAUUUGAUCAACAUAUUGAGUUCCAGACCAGCCAGGGUUACACAGUGAGACCUUUUCUGAAAAUCCUAAUGUCUAAUGUUACUAGGUCAGAAGCCCUGGAAGGAGGAUCCAAGUAUUAGUUGAGGACAUGGCUAUCUAUAAAUACCAGCAAAUUGUAAGGAUGUCUAGGUAGGUGAUGGGUGAUAAAUACCUACCUUAAUAUUAAUAGUCCAAGACCUCAUGACACAAUAUAAACAAAAUUCUGUUUCUCGCUAAUACCAAUGAACAUUAUGAAUACAAAAAAAAAUAGUACAACUUUUUUUUUUUUUUUUU